AGGGGGGGGGUUAAAGGUUUAAUGCUGUUAUUGCAUAGAGUUGAGAGGCACACACUGGCGACUUGCAAGCGCGGUAAUGUCAUUAUGUGGCCACCAGGGGAGUGACAUACAAGUACAUGCAGACCAGACUUCAGCGGCAGAUUCUUCUCCCUGACUGCUCUGAUGGAUGUAGUGAGUCUAGAAACACAGAUGUUUUCUGUACAACUGUUCAUUGUCAAAACAGCAAUGUCAUCAGUAUGUCAGUGCAGGUUUUGUAUGUAUUAGUUAAGGACUUCUGGGGUUUGGGCCUUUGUGUGUAAACAAGGAAGGGAGAGAUGUGUGAACCUCAAGGUCCCUUAAUUUAGUAUGUUCUCCAAGGUCAGUCCAAUUUCAUCUGAAAAUUGCGCCAGGUGCACUGCUGAUAAAAUUAUUGUGAUGCAUGUCUUGACAUGUCUGGUGUUUUGCAUCAUUAGUCAUGUGUGAGUAUGUUGAGGAAUGAAAUCAACAGGCUGUAUCAAUGAUCCAGUAAGAUUUUUUUUUUUUUUUUUUUUUUUUCCCCACUCAGUUGCAUAACUGUCUGCCUAGUUGAUCACUUUUGUUUGGUGGGAUGCACAUUUAUGUUUGUUUUGUUUUGUUUCCUCAAAGUCCUCCCCUAAAUAUCUUUAACGACAUGUAUUUUGUAAGUUCACAGAGUACUGUUAUGUUUGUGUAAAUGUAGAUAUAUUAAAUAAAUGUAAACGUGUAUAAAGGGCCUUGCUACUCGGGUGUUUGUGUUAAUUGCAUUUUUUUUAUAGGUGCACAUGAAAGUGAUUUAUGUUACAACAACUGAAGCACAGCAUUUGUAAUGAAAACGAAAGGCUACCUUCUAAUGUAAGUGCCUGAGUAUAGCGCAAACUUUGAUGGCGCGGAUUUGGGGAGAGAAGAAGGGGGCUGAACUUGAUUUGCCACACUGAAGCCGGGCGGGUGGUACCAACGUCAGUUGGCUGUAGUUCACUUGGAGUGAACGGCAUCGUGUUGCGCUGACAUUAGGUUGACUCGCUUAGUUUGACGACAAAAAUUCAAUGCGUCUGAUUUAUAAUCCGAUGAAAAGUUUAUAGAAAUUUGCCCACUAGCGAUUGUUGAAGUAGCAGUUACGGCCGUGAAGUUUCUUAGAGUAGCCUAAACGAAAAGCUUUGUUGUCGCUUCGGUCGAUUUCUACGAACAGUCGAAACGUUUGAGAGUAUAUUUUUACCGAAAAGAAACGAAACAUUUCAGAGUCAAUGCAACGACUACUGUGUGAGAAAACAAUGGUCCCGGAGACGAGAAAUGGGGGGACUUCUGUGCUAAAUAAUAACAAUGAUGCUAAGGACCAUAGUAGAAGAAGGUUGCUCAUAUGUUUGGAUAUUUUCUGCUUAUUUUUGGCUGGCCUGCCCUUCCUGAUCAUAGAGUCUAGCGCUGUCAAGCCCUACCGGCGAGGGUUUUACUGCCACGAUGAGUCCAUCAAGUACCCGUCCAAACGCGGAGACACCAUUAGUGACGCUGUGCUUUCCGCUGCAGGCAUUCUUAUCGUCAUCCUCUCUAUCGUCAUUGGCGAGAGCUACAGAAUCCACUAUCUGCAUGAAGGUUCCAAGGCGUUUGUACGGAACCCGUACAUCUCUGCCCUCUAUAAGCAAGUGGGUGUGUUCAUCUUUGGCUGCGCCAUCAGCCAGUCCUUCACCGACAUUGCCAAAGUUUCAGUGGGCCGGCUGCGACCUCACUUCCUGGACGUGUGCAAGCCAGACUUCACCACCAUCAACUGCUCGCUAGGCUACAUUACUGAGUACACCUGUCAGGGGGACUACAGCAAGGUCCAGGAGGCCAGAAAGUCCUUCUUCUCAGGCCACGCAUCCUUCUCUUUGUACACCAUGCUGUACCUGGCAUUCUACCUGCAGUCACGUUUCACCUGGCAUGGCGCUCGGCUGCUGAGGCCGCUGGUGCAGUUCACCCUGCUGAUGAUGGCCUUCUACACCGGUCUGUCCCGCGUCUCCGACCACAAGCACCACCCCACCGACGUGCUGGCCGGUUUCUUUCAAGGAGCCCUGGUGGCUUAUUGUAUUGUAUUUUAUGUAUCAGACCUUUUCAAGUCAAAGACACGGAAAACCUUACUGCCGGUAACUCCCAUCAAGAAAGAUCUCCAUUCAGCGGGAGACAUCAGGGACCACCUCACCAACCACUUGAACUUGGCUUGAGCUUCAGCUCACUCACGAGUGGACGCACCUACACUGGACAGUCUCUCAACCAUACACUCACACUGCUUUGCAAUGACCACAUGAUCUGUGAAUUCAAGUCAGCAAGAACUGUGCUGCUCAUCCACACUAAGGGUUGUAGCAACUGGAAGAGGACAUUUAGACGCGUUCUGUUUGGCAUGUCGUUGUUUUAAUCCUGCACCUCAGACAAAUAAGUGCACGGUCAUAUAGGAUUGUCUUGAGAAACAUUUUUGAUGUCUCUGUUACAAAACUCUAGUGACAUGAUUGGCCUCAGCUGUUACAGGAAGUACACUUUGAAUUGUAUGCCACAUAGUUAAUGUUUAUAACCAUUUCUCUCAUGACAAAACAAAUUCCUAGGCCAUAGGAAGGAUUAUUUGACUGUUUAUAUAUGAGACACAUGCAUAGUAUAUGAUAUUAUAGCAUAUUCAUUCUUAGUAAUGUUACGGUGUGGCAAAUGUUAUGGUGAGAAAACGUCUCUUUUUGCGAGGAGAACUUUAGUUGCCCCAGAUGCAUAAGCUGGUGCUGUAUUGUCAUGUCCUUGGAUAGGACAUCUGAGUGAAAAGAAACUAUAUAUGGAGGGGCACAUUUAGUGUGUGGGCCUGUUUCUGCUGGUUGGGAAGCGCCCUCAUGAUGAAAACAUCUAUUUUUUAUCAUUUUGAAUUGUGAUAUUGUGGUAACAUGUCUGUGAGUGUGUGUGACUAGAAAUGUCAGAAUCGUGACCACUGACAGUAAGUUUGCCUGUCAGGUAAAUGAAGGAACUUCAGCACAGAGACCAUAGAUUGUGCUCAUAGAUCUAACUAUAUGGUGAUCUUUAUGAAAGAAAACUGUGGAUUUCAUUUCCUGUGCACCACUUUAUCAAUAAUAUUUUAUAUUUGUGCAUAGGUUGAUUUGUUUGUUUUAUGUUUUUGUUAUAUUAGUAUCUAUGUUGAUUUCUUGUUUGUUAGCAUAUGAUAACUUUGUACAAAAUGCUAACUGAAUAUUUUUACAAUAUUUUAUUUUGGUAUGUUACAGUUUUGUAACGUCAUGUAUCCUCAAAACCACAAUCAGUAUUUUCAUGCUUAUGCACAGACCUGUAUGAAAAGUAUUUCUGAAAUGCCUUCCACUGCUCUUAACAGGGCACCAUACUCUGUUGCUUUUCUAAGAAAAAAAUCCUAAACAGAUUCCUAAAGCUGGUAUGUAGAUUCCUUAGCUUUGCUGUGUACUGUAAGAAUCAAGAUAUUUCAGGGUAUGUGAAGAUCAUGGACAAAAACAUGAUGAAAGUAUAAACAUGAGUAAAUCUUUGGUGUAUCAUAA